AAGUUGAAAUUUAGCUGCAAUGAAUCGUGGAUAUAUUUGAGCUUGUUCGCAAGGUGCUGAUUGAGGGUGUGGCCUCUGUUUCCGACCUAAACAAGAAAAACAAUGCAAACAAGCGUGACCGUGUUGCGGCGCUCGCGAAGUGUGAAUCGUCAUUUCAGAAACUUAUUCUCUACUGGUACCAGUAUGUGUCGCAAUCGACGGUUUUUGACCGAGGAGAUUUUGGAAGAUGUGGCAGCAAAACAAAAAGUGGAACUGUCUGUUCCAAUAAUCGAACUUGAUACGGUUGAACGUUUGGAGAAAAUGUCGUUGGUGAAUUUUGGCAACAAGCUGGGUCUAUUGCGCUUGAUUGAAACCGUUCGAUUUGCUGGGACUCUUAAAACCGUGAACACUGAAGGGGUUGAACCGUUAAUCAGCGUUUUGGAAAACCGGUUUCUGCAUUUGCGCGAAGACUUACCCAUUGAGUUUUCAAGAAAGGAAAUCCUUUCUUGUGCAGCAGAGACGGAGGAAAAUUAUUUUGUUGCUCCGCCGGGAAACAUUGAGGUUGAGUCCAAGAGUAAAGAGCUCUGGAAGGCUGUUCUGCGUGUCUGCGACGUAAAAGACCCACUUGACACAAUUCCGAUGGCCAAAAACGAACAGUUAUCUGAGAACCUUUUGCCAGGUGUUCCGCAAAGAAAUAAAAUUCGAGCAAUCUAUGAUGCCGCUGAAUUCAAUGCCAGAUUCAAUCUUGAGCGCCGCAAAAGAAGACCUUGUGCUUUUGAUUUGCAAUCCUUCAACGUGGUUUACCCAUUGAACAAGAUUUUGAAAGUUUCGCCGGAAAAGACUCGCGUGGGGAAUUACCCGGUGGCAAUGCUGCCGACGCAACGCAUUGACUCUAUUUCAUCUUACUUUUUGAGUGACCUGGGAUUUCUGAUGCCUAAUAAUGUGUUGCCUGACGAAGAAAUGAAUCAAGAAUCUAACCAGGAAUUUGUCAAAUCAAAGGUCGCCCAGUGUGAGGACUGUAUUUGCCCGGAGGCGAAGGAAAGCCUUUUGUCGUGCAGCGAGUGUCAUCAAGUUCGCCAUAUCGGCUGUUGGGACUUGAACCGUGUUAUUUCACGAUCGUUGAAUGAUAAUAUUUGGAAAUGCCCGGAAUGCAAGCCAUGUUCCGUGUGCGAUGACAGCGAUUCCGGGACAGACAUGUUGUUCUGCGACUUCUGUGAUCGCGGUUUCCAUCCGAAGUGCAUAGGAAUGAGUGAAAUACCAGACGGUACUUGGAACUGUCACCACUGUAACCGUUGCUUGUCUUGUUCUUCCUCCCCGUCAUCGUCGUGUUCACAACUCGGAAGUGUUCCGCGUGGAAAUCGACUGUCGCGAGGAAACGCGGAUUGGGAUUUUGAGCUUGUCAAGGAUCCAGGGAAAGUGGGGUUUUCCGUUAUGUUGUGUAAGCCGUGUGCGAGGUUCUUCAGAAACAAGAUGUUUUGCUCGGAGUGUUUCGAGUGUUUCGCGGAAAUUCCUAGUAAUGUCGUCAAGUGCGGCAGCUGUUUUAGUUGGAUUCAUUUCUCAUGUUGCGAAAUCGACGCGGAGCUGAAAGCAGCCUUUGAGGAUUACCAUGGAUCUGGUCAACAGCCAGAACAAAUGAAGUUUCGUGCGUGCGUGAGUCCGGAAUAUGACGAUAAUGGUCUUCAGACGUGUUCUUUUCCGGAACAAGCAUUCGCGCGUUUGCAGCUGACUACCGAAAGCUGGGUCGAAGUGAAUGGAUUCAUUUGUCGAGCGACCAUCAGUCCUUAUCCGAAAGCUGAUUUUUUGGUUUUCGAGCCCACGGUAUCACGAAAUCUAGACCCACCUUGGACGGGAUGCGUCGAAUGCAAAGUUGAGGUGCUGAAACUCCGAUUUGCGAAAAAUGUUCGAGUCACAUUAUUGCACGAAGGACACGAGCGGGAAUCGAUUUUGGGCCUUGAAAAGUGCGUCAAGGCGUUUCUCGAGGGAAUGUGUAUCGUGAAGCAUUGCUACGUUGAAUUAUGCGAUUUCGGUGUCUUCAAGUUCGCCAAAAUGAACGUGAUGGAUUCAGUUGAUGAAAAUGACGCUUUUAUUGUGGACGGGAAGACGAAGCUUUUCCUGAAUGACUCCAUCAGCGUCGAGCGUUUGAAAUGCUCUCGCAAACUUGAAGCAAUUACUGCGAACUUGUUGGAAUUGGAUUCAUUUUCUAAAGCUCGUCGAGCUGUGAAAGAGAUCUUCGAUAUGUCAGACGUACUUGAAAAAGAGCUGAAAAGGCUGGGUAAUCCCAUAUCCCGUGGAAUUCUGUUAUCCGGCGUUUCUGGCGUGGGGAAAACUGCGGUCGUGCACCUUGUUUGUCAUUUGGUCAAUGCUUUGUGCAUUGCCGUUGAUCCGACAACAGUUGCAGAUGCUGAUCCAGGAGAAAGCGAAAAGCGACUUGAAGCGGUUUUCAAGAAUGCCUUGGCACAUUGUGUUGAAGGAAAAGUUGUGCUUCUGUUUGAUCCAGUAGAAGUAUUUUGUCCUGCUUCACGAAAGCCGCGGUCGUUGCGAUUGGCAUUAAAGUUUCUAUCGCUGCUGGAUUGUGAAUUGCCGCAGUCAAGGAAUUUAUUUGUCGUGGGCGUCACUGGCCAGGGAUCAGGAGGGUGUCACGAACGCCUAGCAUCUCCAGGACGACUUGCCUCUCAGGUUUCGGUUGAUCUUCCCACGACCAGUGACAUCAAUUGGCUUUUGAAAAAAUUAUUGGAUGGUGCGAUUGAAGAUUCUGAAGAAAUCGCACGCAAAUUGAGCUUAAACUCUCCGGGUUACUCCUUGACGGACGUGGAAAAUCUAGCUCGUUCGCUGUGGGAAGCCCGUCCAUUAUCUCCGGACAUUAUCCACGCAGUGCACAACCGAAUACAACCCCAGUUCUCCCUCGCCCGCAAAUUCAGCGUUUCCAAAGCAGUCAAGCUCACCUGGGACUCGAUCGGGGGUCUCGCAGAUGUGAAAAGCUCCCUGCGAAGAGCGCUCGAGUGGCCCCUGCUGCACAAGAAUGCCUUUAAAAGACUUGGUAUUCACAAAACGGGUGGGAUUCUAUUGUACGGUCCUCCUGGGUGCGGUAAAACAAGACUAGUUCGCACAGCGGCUAGUGAAGUUAAUGCGCACUUUUUUGCUCUUGGGCCGGCUGAUGUGUUUUCGCCGUUUGUCGGAGACUCGGAAAAGACGAUUGUUGAGGUUUUUCGAAUGGCGAGGCGCGGAAAGCGAUCGAUUGUCUUCAUUGAUGAGAUAGACGCAAUGGUGGGAUCCCGGGGAUCGGGACAGAUUAAGCGGGUGCAUGAAGCUGUCCUUUCGGCACUUUUGAACGAGAUGGAUGGGAUUUGCGGGCGUGGAUUGGACGGUGAAGAAGAAGGGGAUUUCAUGACGGUCGUUGCGGCAACGAAUCGACCUUCCGCUUUGGAUUCCGCGUUGUUACGUCCGGGAAGGUUUGACAUGCUCAUUCAUGUUCCCACGCCAGAUGUGAAGUCAAGACUCGAUGUUUUGAAGUCAUGUACCCAAAAAAUGCCUUUGAAUGACGAUGUAGAUUUGAGCAGAAUCGCUGAUGGAACAGAGGGUUGGAGUAGUGCUGAUCUUGAGAACCUUGUGAGAGAAACCGCGAUGGAAGCUAUUUCAAUGUCAGCUACCUCUGUAUCGCAGAACUUGUUCCUUGAGGUUUUUGCCAAGUCUCCAAAAUCGUCUGUUGAUCCGAAGCAUGAUCUCGUUGAUUUUCUUCUAUAUCUGAUAAUGGCUCUCACGCACAAAGCUGCCGCCCGCGCGGUUCUUUUUCAGCGCCGAGUGCUCAUAGGAACUACGGGGGUAACCGUAGUUGGGUUACUAAUCUGGAUCAUUGCAAUUGCGACGGACUAUUGGUUUAUCAUUGAUUCACCGCAAGGUUCGUUGAAUCCAAAAACUGGGUUGCUUUUCUUGCGAAGCAACCGUGGAAUUUGGCACGUAUGUACUACGGAGUUGAAGAACACGACGACGGCGAGUCACAAUGAAAGCAAUCCCAAUGUACAAACUGCUAUUAUAUUGACUACAUGCAAAACCCAGCCAUUGUUUCCGUCGAAACGAACGAUUCGCCGAAACCAAUACUAUGAUGAAACGCUUUUAGACUUCACGAGAACAGAAGCUCUAUUUGCGUUUAUUUGCCUGAUUUUAAUGCUGCUUGGAAUCGGAUUCUCCGUGUACACCUUUAAAGAAACGAGAUAUAUGUACAAACGGUUGGCUGGAGCUAUUCUUUUCAUAACAGCUGCGGCAGUCUUUGUUGUUCUCGAAGUGUCCACGCAAGGCGUUGAGUACGCGAGGACACAUUUCCCUGCUGUACACCCUGAAAACGCAAGUUGGCAUUACGGUUUCUCCUACAUGCUUGCCUGGCUCGUGUUCAUUAUCUACUUGGGCUGUGGCAUCACGUUCAUCAUUUGCUCAAGAAAACGAAAGCGCGAUCGAGCUCCGAAUGACGAUUGGGCUAUCGAAGAUGAACCGCACAUCAUCGGGCGCUGAUUGGAAAAGGAAAAAAAAAAACCCCCGAGUCAAAUUUGGCAAGACUAAGUCGAUCUGAUUGUCUUUUACCACGGUUUCGUCUUCCAUCUCGCAUGUGCUUACCUUGAAGCGAAGUCUUAUUCUUUUAUUGCGUUGGUUUGCUUCCUGUAAGUACUUGUGAUAGUUCAGGGUUAUUCUGAGAUUUUUCUUACGUCGCUAAAGUCAAGUAAGGAUUUCUUGUAGUGAUCGUGCUUUUUGUCUCGAAUUUAAUUGGAUUAUCUGUUGCUACCGAUUUAUCUGUAAGUGGAAAUUGUAUGAUUUAAAAAAUGAAAAAAAAAAUUCAAGUCGAUUCCGAAAUCUGCGCCAGUUUUGCCGAGCUUGCUUCGUCCAAAGAACUUCCAUUGAUGAAAUCCACUGCUUGAUUUACCAUCGAAAAAGACGCUGCCUUCCUUCCUGUCGCAGCUCUGGUAAUAAAUUUACCGGUGAAAGUGUCGAAUUUUUCCGAUAUCAGGAUUUUAAACAGUUUCUCUGUCGAUGGUAUGAAUUAUUCGACAAUCUUGUGAAAAAGCGUGUUACCUUUUUAUUCAUUUUUGCAUGAUGGAAUGUACGUUUUUUCCUUCAUGAAUCAAGUUUGAAUGCCCGGAUAAUUUUUAGACUCUGGUCAAAAUUCAGUGCUUCACAUCGUGAUGGCAGCUGACUUUGAGGUUUGCGGAAUGAAAUGACUAUCCAAAAGGUUAAUUUACAGUAAGAAUUGACACAAUACAGAAUUGAUCUUUUUAGAGAUUCGAAUAGAGCGAUAUCUAGUCCAUGGAAAAUAAAAAAACUGUCUUGAAACCUGACUUUUUCAGGUCGCUGGAACAUUGGUGUUGGAGCAACUCUUGCAUAAAUACGCACGAAAGACCUUUCAGAAGUCUUGCGAAACACCCAAAUCCUUGGAGGCCACCAAAGACAAGGAGUUACCAAUUAAAUUAUUCGUUUUCCGUGACAAAAUUAUUAGCAUUUCUUCAACAUGUUAAGAUAAUUAAAAUCUAGAAUUUUAAUGAUUACCCGUGUUGGAGCAUAUUUAAUUUCAAUCAAUUUUUCAAAAUCCCGGGCUUCCAUUUUUAAUUGUUGGUUAGGGUCUUGUACAGUACAUUGAAUUCCAUUUAUCUCGAGUCUUUGCUCCAAUUUUCAUGGAAUCGACAACCAUUUUUUUUUUCGCAGAUGUCACAUCUAUCGAGAGUUUUUUUUACGUACUUCUUAAUGAGGAAAACACCACUGAUGCAAUAACCCCCUCAAAAAUUUUUCACGGAGUAGCGUAGAUAAAAUCUCCAGCUUCAUCAUGGGGAAGAUUUAUAAUUUUUUUUCUCCUUAUAAGAUUUGACAUCAUCCAUUUUAUGGCACAUUAACAUUUUUUUUAAUACUUUGUAGGAGAAUGACUUGAAGAUUGACGGUUUGAAUAUCAAUAGAUAUUUAUCGAGACCACUCUUCUCGCUGGGGAAUGUUUUCAAACCUGACGUAUUUUUAUCUUUGUUUGAAAUGCGUAGAACGUUUAGAAUUUCAUUCUUAUUUCGCAUUAGUGAAGAGAUAGCGUGAAUGUGUGUGAGGAAUCAUUUACUAAUAUUCACAUGUGAUGGAAUGAACAUUAUUACCUGAGAAUUGUUUCCGAUGUGGGUCCACCCUUGUUGUGGCGUGAAUUCAGGCCCUGAAGGCAGCGUUAGUUGUGAAUCUCGUGCAUAACCAGCAUAUCAGCGCAAUCGAGGUGCCUUUUUUUCCGCGGUCGAACGAAAGUCCAAGGAAAACGUUUGUCCAGUUGUGAUACCCGCAAAUAUUACGGAACGGUGUUGAGGGUGUCCAAGAGACGGUGAAUGGAUUGUGUUCCUUUUCAUUGAAAGUUUUUUUUUUAUAUUCAUGGGACCCAAUUUUUUGGCGCGUGUUGUGGAAAUUCCCUGCAUUCCCUCAUUUACUUCCGGAGCUACUGAACGGGGGUGCGUCUCGUUUGGGGUGUGACCUUCGUGUCCUGCUUACUGACUCGUUUGAAUACAUCACGACUUCCACACUCG